CGCCGCUGCUCGAGCGUGUUCCGUGAGGCCCGCGCCGGCGCCGCCUCGGCCAUGAUGAUCCACGGCUUCCAGAGCAGCCACCAGGACUUCUCCUUCGGGCCCUGGAAGCUGACAGCGUCCAAGACCCACAUCAUGAAGUCCGUGGUUGUGGAGAAGUUAGCCGAUGAAUUACAUAUGCCAUCUCUCCCUGAAAUGAUGUUUGGAGACAACGUUUUAAGAAUCCAGCAUGGCUCUGGCUUUGGGAUUGAGUUCAAUGCUACAGAUGCAUUAAGAUGUGUUAACAACUAUCAAGGAAUGCUUAAAGUAGCCUGUGCUAAAGAGUGGCAGGAAAGCAGGACGGAGGGCGAACACUCCAAAGAAGUUAUUAAACCAUACGAUUGGACCUAUACAACAGAUUAUAAGGGAACAUUACUUGGAGAAUCACUUAAGGUAAAGGUUGUACCUACAACAGAUCAUAUAGACACAGAGAAAUUGAAAGCUAGAGAACAGAUUAAAUUUUUUGAAGAAGUUCUCCUGUUUGAGGAUGAACUUCAUGAUCAUGGAGUUUCAAGCCUGAGUGUGAAAAUUAGAGUAAUGCCUUCUAGCUUUUUCCUGCUGUUGCGAUUUUUCUUGAGAAUCGAUGGGGUGCUUAUCAGAAUGAAUGACACAAGACUUUACCCCGAGGCCGACAAGACCUACAUGUUACGAGAAUAUACAUCACGAGAGAGCAAAAUUGCUAAUUUAAUGCAUGUUUCACCUUCCCUCUUCACGGAACCUAAUGAAAUAUCACAGUAUUUACCGAUAAAGGAAGCAGUUUGCGAGAAGCUACUAUUUCCAGAAAGAAUUGAUCCUGACCCUGCAGACUCACAAGAAAGUACACCUGUGGAAUAG